UGAGCUUUUGGUUAUCUGCUCCAAUGUCUCCUUAUGUGGCUCAGUGGCAAAUUUUGUUUGGUAGUGCUCCUGUAAGGCAACUUGCAACUGUUUUGCUUCAAUAACAGUGCUUACCAACAAAAUCUAUUGUUGUUGGGAGUAUUAUAUGGAAACAAAACAAUAAUAAACCUCUUUAGUUAUUGAAUUUCUCUGCUGGAUUAAAGUUAUAUGUAGUUCUGAGUUUUAAUUAUAGGUAGACUACUUAAAGUGAUAUCGCCUCAUUUUAGUUUUCCCCUCCUCUCGCAAAACAAUUGUUUAAUGUUGUGCACUCCGAGCUCCAGAAAACCAAGCUACCUGGAUGGGGAUUGCUCCAAGCAGCACAUGUCAAUAGGGUUUUCAGUCAUGGAACAUAAAGAGCUGUGCGCUGUUCUGUGUUCAUCCAGUGGCCAUGCAUGAGACUUCUCAGUGGGGUCUUCACUGGACAGAAAUCAGGAAAUGAAUCUCCUUUGCAAUUCUUUAACUUGGUCCAGAUGCCAAAAUCAAACUUGGGAGCUCUACUCUGUUCAAAAAUCAGCCCACUCACAAUGCAUCUGAACAACUACAAUUUUAUGUUGCAAAUUUACAUGAUGUAAAAAACAGUUUACACUUAGGUAAUUAUAAUCAGUAAUAAAACUCACAUCUGGUGAAAUAUCCUUUCAAGAUGAAUUUUUCGGUCAAAAUGACUCAUGUGGGAAAUUGCCAACUUAGAGUGACAACCAUUCAACCAGCAAUUAAAAGGUUCAAACUUGCCUUAGCUCAAAAGGUAAUACCCAUUAAAGUGCUGUCAUCAGUUUCUAAGCAUAAUUCUUUUCCAUUAUUCAACAUCCACUGUUUAAUGAAAGGUAACAAGAAGGAUAUGCCUCCCAAGAUACAAGAGAUGUAAAUUUCAUCACAGGUAGUUGAAGACAUGCGGCCAACCUUACAACCCAAUCUCUUACAUGAAGGAAAUUAGGACACUUAACGCUUUGGCCAAUGCUGAUAACCCAAUAAACUUCAGCAGAAACAAAGUACUGCCCUUCUAUCCCAUUUCAGUCCUUAUGCAAAAACUGACUGCUGUAAAGUUGACAGCCUCGGGAUUCCAUUGUGCAGUGCAAGGUUUUUAUGCACUUCACAAUAGGUUUGAAGCUGAGAGUCGGGUGAAAUGCGAACAAUACUUGUAUGCAGGCAAUGUGAAACCAUUGUCGUACACAGCACAAACUACACACGGAGCUGGCUGGGCACAGCAGUGAACUCAAUGGGUGUCCAAGGCAGGGUUGACGUCACUGCUGCAACUGAAGGUGCAGCUGCACUUAAGAAACUGCACAGGACUCAAACACAAAUCAGGCCUUAAUGGGCGGAAGAAGGUAAGCUGAAGGUCUAUCCUAACCUUAGUCACGGAUGGGGGAGUUAACAAUAUUAACUUCAGAACUUUUCUGGACCAACUGUUUUCUAGGUAAGAAAUUUUUAUUCCAUGGUUGGAAGUGGAAGGCGAAUCCCUGAUUAUCCUAAUGCUUCAAACAAGAUAAAUAUCUGGAGGAACUCAGAACUCAGCAGGUCAGGUAGCAUCUAAAGAAGCGAAGGGACAGUUUAAAUCAAAAUAAAAUCAUAUCGAGUUUAAUUAUCAUUCAAACGAUACAUAGAUACAAUUGAAGGAGACAGUAUUCCUCUAGGGCCAAGGUGCAAAACCAAAAUAGCAAGCAAACAUUCAAAAUAGUGAGCAAAGAAGCAUAUUCACUCAAAAAAAUCACAUACAUAGUCCAAGACCCUGAACGACAAUGUCUAGUAAUCAAUGAUACAGUCUCCUGCUGAAUUACGUGUGUCUGCAAUUCAGCCCGUCAUUCCGCUGCUCGAACACAGGAGAACAGAAUAGUGGGAGAGGCCGGGCCCCAGCUGAGUGUGGACACCACGCUGUAGCGCUUCUGCGUUUUUUCAUCUGGUCCGUAGCAGCAGGCAAGCCCAAGGCUUGUGGCCUAGUUUUCGCUACAACCAAGGCUACACAACUCCCAUGUCGUCUGCUCUUCCACCAGUUAAGAGUAACAGGCCUGCGGCAACUUUCAUUAUCACUGUCCAGCAGAGUCCCUUGAUAUCCUGACCGGCUCCUCCAAUAUCACAACUGACUCCUCUGAUAUCCCAACGGGCUCCUCCGAUAUCCCAACCAUAUCCUUCAACAAACCGGCCGGCCUUUGCAACACCUCGGCCAGCAACUUCUCCAACAUCCCGGUUGGCCUCUUCAAAAUCUCAGCCGGCUCCACCACCAUCAGUCCAGCUCCUCCGAUCUACAAGCAGCUCACUCAUGGAGUAACCUUAUAGUACCCAAAGUUCUUGGUGUAGAUUUGUCUUUAGAUUGUAAAAUUUUACAAAGAAAAAAAGCACAUCUGGCUGGCCCCCAAGGGGCUGCUGCAUUCGCAUGCACCGCCACCUUACCGGAAAUUGGUGUUUCAGACCCUGAAUCAGAAUUGGGCCCCUGGGUCUUCACCUCCAGUUUCACAAUACCCUAAUAUCUGUAGAAGAUAUUUGCUGACACUUCCUCUCUCUGACCUUUCUGUUUUAGCCACUUGAGGCUCAUUAUUUGAUGCUGUGGCUCCCUAUGAGGGUCCUGAUGAAGGGUUUUGUCCUGUAAUGUCGACUUUCUUUUCCUUUCCAUAGAUGCUGCCUGACUUGUCAAGUUCCUCCAGCAUUUUGUGUGUGUUGCUCCUGAUGAGAACUGCUGCUUUAAGAGCUCAACUGUUGCCUGCUCAGGAUUUCCAACACUUAAACACACUCCUCCAAGUCACAUGUAUAAGUAACUUAUUGUCCUGCUACCCUGCAAGAAACUGGUGCAGGCUUCCUGCAUAGCAUCAAUUCUGUGCUUCAGAAUUUCUACACAAAAGUAACCCACUAGCUCUGAGGUACUAUGAAAUGUACAAUGUAAUGCAAGUUCUUUCUUAAAGGUACAAACACAGCUUCUGUCACCAGUUCUAAAUCAGGGAACCCUGGAUAUUUCACUUGUUGAAAUUCAACUGAAAUCCAAGAUCUAGAGUUGAGUUCUGUCAUACUGUGUUGGACCAACUGGUGUUUUUCCAUUGAUAUAGUUGAUCCUAAAAACUGGCGUGACUAAGAAAUUAGGGUCUCGAACCAGUCAAGUUUAGAAACUUAAGACUCUUGAUCAAAAAUACAUCAACUCUCCAGGUGCCAGUGAUUCAGAAUUCUGGCACCUCCAGUAUUUUCCUGUUUUAUACUUCUCCUACGCAGUUCCUCAUCAAGAAUCGAUGGAUUUCAUUAAAAAUAUUUUGCUUUUAUCAGCUUGGUAUCUUCUGUAAGAGUAAUUAAUUCCAUUGGAAGUGCAACUAAUGACUGAAUUACCAUUGACACAAGAGCUUAUGCAGAUGCAACCUCAACAGGUCAGGUAACAUCUAAGGAGGGAAAUAAGCAGUUGACUUUCGGGCCAAGACCCUUCAUCAGGACUGGAAAGAUAGGAGGCAGCAGCCAGAAUAAAAAGCUGAUAAUAAGAAUAAGAAUCAAAUUAACAUUAGUAGAUAGGAAUAUAGAAUUAGCAAGUACUAGGUAGGCAGGCAGGGUUGUCUUAUUGCUGCACUGAAAGUGAAGCGCCUAAUGCUAUUCAAGCCCUUCACUGUGAGAUCCUUAUUUAUCUCCUCCAACAAAAGUAUCAAGUCCUGUUUAUCUGUAAUUUUUCACACCCUUCAUAUCAUAAUUAAUUCUGCAAGCAUCUAGAUAACAUAAACAAAUGUAAGGAAUUAAAUAUAUAAACAGAAAACAUAAAAAUCUAAACAAAAUGGGGUAUGGACAUUUGCAAAGAUGUGAAAGAAGUGGAUCUGGAUGCCGUUUCUGGGCAUUCAUUAAAUAUAUCAAAUCAACAUGAAACUAUUAUCUCUAAAGCUAAUGAUGUAUAGGGAUGUUUCUUGGGGCCAUUUGAUUAUAAUUCAAAGUAGGUUCUAAUUUCUUUACAAUUUUAUGAGGUCAUAUAAAAUUUAUGUUUGCAAUCUUGGGUUCCUCAUGUUCAGCUGAUAUGAACUCAAAUAAUAGCAAUGAUCUUUUUGGUUUAGAGCUGGAAGUUAUACUUUUUAUCUUGUACAAAAAGAAACUUUGAAAGCCAGGCUUGCUUUCCUUUGGAGAAGCACUAAUAAGUGCUUAUGUAAGCAGCCUGCUUAGUGAAUACAGAACUAGAUUAUAUGAGAAUGAUAUUUACAAGGUUAAAGUGACAGUAUGAAUUGGAAAGUGUUUUCCAUGCAAUAGGAGAUAAUUGGAAUAAAUUAUUGAUAGAAACAAAUUAUGUCUUUAAUAAAAUACUAAGUAUUUAGUUAGAAACUAUUCUGGCAGCUCCAAGUAGACAAUAUAAGUUGUCGCUGUUGCAGACAAGAUGAGCUAUAUCAUUCUAUAGUUAGGAAAAGUAUCUUUGCAAUGUAGUUGUUUUUAGGCCAAGUGUCAUGUCACGUCACAGUAAAAAAAAUAUGGUUAAAGAUGAAUAAUGUGGCUUAUGUGACAAACUGAACAAACUGCGCUCACUCUGUGGAAAUAAAAAAUUAAACAGACCAAAUGGUCUUAUUCGUGUUAGUUGAAUCUACCAGCCACAUCAUUGCAAGCACAGGAUGGAAAUGACUGCAAUCCAUACAGAGCAUGGGAAAUCAUCAAAAACCUUCAAUAUUUGUAACAGCAAUUUACAAUGGAAAAAAUAUAUUUUACCAUAAAGUCAUGUGUCAAUAGCAAGAUUGAUGGGAAAAUACAUGAAAAAUUUACAUGAUUAAUUAACAAACUGGAAGAAGACUUCAGAUUAUUGCAGAAUACUGUGAACUUUCUCAGCAAGAUUUUCCCAAAUGGAAUUAUCAUUUUUACAUGUAGACAUAUGGAUAUGGACAUCUGUUACUAGACUCACCUGAAUGGAAUACAUGCCAUAAUUUCAAAACAUCCCCUGAAGUAAUGCACACAGUUAUUUCAGGAGUCCCUGAAUAAAAAAAAUACUCUGCAUUUCUUCAAGAUCAAGAAACAAACAUUUGUUUAUCCGCAAACAUUCAAAUCCUCGAUUUCAAAAUGGAUGCAGUUGGAACUCCAAAAAGUGAAAAUACUUUUCUUAGAGCUAAUGCAUCAAAUCCUACUAAAUCUUAAAAUGGCCAAGGUACUGAGAAUUUUUCCUACUUCUAUAACUGACCAAAUCGACCAAGUUCCACCUUCCAGAGAUUCACAGCAUUAACACUUAUUGAUGGUUUCCAUUGCCUGCACUAAUCUGUGAAGUGACUGUUACUUCUCAAGUCUCGGUUGUUGCAGCACUUUUCUUAAUUUGCAUUUGUCAAUGUGGGACAGUUUACUGAACCCAAUUUAUCUUUUUUAUCUUAUGGGAGACAUUAUACAAAGCGAUAGCUUGCUAAACUAAAAAACAUUUUGCUACAAGUGAACAUUGAACAAUCUGCAAAAAGAUAGGGGUAUGCAGAGUGAGGCAAAUUCAGUUAUAAUCAAAUUAUACAACACAAAUUAUACAUUUUAUUUACAGCUUCCCAGGUCCAUCUUUUUCCUCCUUCUUGUCUCAUUAGCAGUCUCUUCUACCUUGUGCCGUCGACACUUUUCUAUCAUCUGCUCAUUACGUCUGUAAGACCAAUGAACUGACUGUGGACUUAAGGAAGGAAAAAUUGGAAGAACACACACCAGUCCUCAUUGAGGGGUCAGUGGUGGAAAGAGUGAGCAGCUUCAAGUUUCUGGCUGUCAACAUAUCAGAAGAUUUGGCCUGGACCCAACAUAUUGAAGCAAUCAUGAACAAAGCACUCCAAUAGCUCUACUUCAUUAGGAGUUUGAGGACUAAAGACUAUAGAUUUCUGAACGGUCUAUGAACCCAUGGAUACUACCUCAGUAUUAACUUAUUUUUACGUUAUUUAUUUAUUUUGUAUUUUAUAGCAAUUUUAUGUCUUCGUUGAAUUGCCACCACAAAAUAAAUUUCACAUCAUAUAAGACAGUUAAUAAACCUAAUUCUGAUUCCAACAAUUUGCCCAGUCACCUACUUUGCUUUUUGUUCUAUUGUCUGCAUUGUAAAGCCUGUUUAGCUUUCUUUCCCCAGUCCUGAUGAAAGCUCAUUAAUCUGAAAUGGUUUCCCUCACUACAGGCAUUGCCUGGACUGCUGGGUUUUCAGCAUUUUCUACUUCUAUUUCAGAUUUCUAGAUCGGUAGUAAUUUGCUUUAGUAUACUUGAAGUAUGGAAAGAGAUGGUUUAACCUAACGUAUUGUGGAGCAAAUGAAGCAGAUGGUGCCUGCUUGCAAGGAGACCUAAACAACAUACAGACAUGGGACGAUACGCAGGCAAUAUUCAGACCACGAAAGUGCCUUUAUUACAAAAGGAAUGAAAUACAAGAGUUAGGCACUCUUGCUAAAACCGUUUGGGAUAUUAGCUAGACUACCUCUGGAAUAUUUUAGGCUGCUUAUUUACAGAAGGGGAUACUUGUCUGGGUUAUAGUACAGAGAAGAUGGAUUAGACCGAUUCCCACAGAUGGAUAAGGCAAUCGGCCUAUGAGAAAAGAUUGAGCAAAAUGAAUGUAAAAACUCUUGAGAUUAAAAAAAAUGAAAGGUAAUCUCACUGAAACAUGAGAUCUUGAGGAGGUAGAGGCUUUGGAACUUUGCGCCCUGAUGAAACAGUCUAGAUUUAGGGGGCAUAAUCUGAAAAUUAAACAUUCGCCCCUUGAGAUGAUGAAAUUUGUCCAUCUCAGAGGACUAUGAAUGCGAGCCUGAUGAAGAUAAAUGUUAGGAGUACAGGGGAAUUCAGAGUGAUGGGGAUCCAGAAGGUAAAUGGUCUUGAAGCUAAAAGCUUGAUCAUGCUCAAGGGACCAUAUGGCUAAUGCGAAAGAUCAUAAAGUCAUAUAGCACUACAGCACAGAAACAGGCCCUUCAGCCCAUCUAAUCCAUGCCAAACUGUUAUUUUGCCUAGUCCCAUCAAUCUGCACCCAGACCAUACAUGUACUUAUCCAAACUUCUCUUAAAUGUUGCAAUUGAGCCUGCAUGCACCAGUUCCACUGGCAGCUCAUUCCACACUCUCACCACCCUUUGAGUGAAGAAGUUCUCCCUCAUGUUCCCCUUAAAUAUUUCACCUUUCAUCCUUAACAUAUGACUUCAGUUCUAGUCUCACCCGGCAUCAGUGGAAAAAGCCUGCUUACAUUUACCCAAUCCAUACCCCUCAUAAUUUUGUAUACCUCUAUCAAAUCUCUCUUAAUCAUGCUCCAUCUUUCCUUAAAGCACAGUUCUUCAAGUCCCAGUGACAUCCUUGUAAAUUUUCUCUGUACUCUUUCAACAUUAUUGAUAUCUUUCCUGUAGGAAGAUGACCAGAACUGCACACAAUACUACAAAUUAGGCCUCACCAACAUCUUGUACAAUUUCAACAUAACAUCCCAUCUCCUGUACUCAAUACUUUGAUUUAUGAAGGCCAAUGUGCCAAAAGCUCUCUUUACAACCCUAUCUACCUGAAUUAUGUACCUGUAUUCCUAGAUCCCUAUGUUCUACCACACUCCUCAGUGGCCUACUGUUCACUGUGUAAGACCUACCCUGGCUUGUCCUCACAAAAUACAACACCUCACAUUUGUCUGCAUUAAAUUUCAGCCACUUUUCCUGAUGGUCCAGAUACUGCUGUAAGCUUUGAUAGCCUUCCUCAUUGUCCACUAUGCACCCAAUCUUGAUGUCAUCCAUUAAUUUUCUGAUCCAGUUUAUCACAUUAACAUCCAGCUCAUUAAUAUAGUUGACAAACAACAAGAGAACCAGCACUGAUCCCUGCACCACUAGUCACAGGUCUCCAGUUAGAGAAGUAACCAUCUACUACCACUCUCUGAAUAAUCCUGCUAAACCAAUAUUGAAUCCAAUUUGCUAUUUCAUCCUGAUUACCAAGCAAGUGAACCUUCUGGACCAGCCUCCCAUGCAGGACUUUGAUAAAAGCCUUGGUAAAGACCAUGUAGACAACAUCCACUGCCUUUCCUUCAUCAACUUUCUUGGUAGCCUCCUCGAAAAAAAUCAAUAAGAUUGGUUAGACAUGACCUACUGCACACAAAGCCAUGUUGACUAUCCCCAAUCAGCCCCUGUCCAUGACCUUGCUUUGCCUCAGUUCUAUAGACAAUGUGUCCAUCUCCUAAGUAAAUACAGAGGCAAAAAUCCAUUUUAAGUUCUCCCUCAUCUCUUUUGGCUCCGUCCGUAUGUAAACCACUGAUCUUCCCUUGCUAUCCUUUGCUCUUAAUGUACCUGUAGAAGCUCUUGGGGUUCUCCUUCACCUUGUCUGCUAUCCCAAUCUCAUGCCUUCUUUUAGCACUGCUGGUUUUCCCCUUAAGUGUUCUCUUGCAUUUCUUACUUUCGUCAAGUACCUCAUUUGUUCUUUGCUGCUGAUACCCACUACGUGCCUCCUUCUUCUUAACCAGGGUUUCAAUAUCUUUCAAAAACCAAGGUUCCCUAAACCUUGCCUCUUAAUCGAGCAGGAACAUAUAAACUCUAUACUCUCAAUUUUUCAUGUUGAAGUCCUUCUACUUACCAAGCAUCCCUUUGCCAGAAAACAAGCUAUCCCUAUUCACAUUUGCCUGAUCCUUUCUGAUGCCCUCAGAAUUGGCCUUUCUCCAUUUUUGAAUCUCAACCCAAGGACCAGACCUGUCCUUCUCCAUAAUUACCUUGAAGCUAAUGAAAUUAUAAUCACUAGACAAACAUUGCUCUUUUUUGCAUUCUUAUUUAACAGAGAUGAACACAAGAUAUAGAAAUUAUUUAAUAUAAAUCAAUGUGACAUUGUGCAUAACUUUGUGUUAGAGGCAGGGGAUUGACAAUCCAAAAUACUUCCAGUAUGCCCCCAAGAAAUUUAAUUGUAAUAGUUUUUUUCAGUCCAAGCUUCUUAAUACUUUCAAUGAUCACUUUUGAUCUUUCACUUUUUAAAGUUCAGUUAAGAAUGAAAUAUAUUUAAAUUCAAAUUAAUGUACAUUAACUGAAACUUGCCUUUCCCCCUUGGAUCUGGUUUGUCUCCAUGGUAGUGAGUAGUCACUGAAAUUGCCUGAUUGAUACAACCUUAAUGGGCAGAUCCCACUUGGAAACAUUGGGAAUUUGGUGCCCCUCCAUUGAACUUCACGAGGAAUCAAACAUGGGAGCAAUGUGGGAAUAACUGCAGGAAGAAUCACUCAGCAAGUUUGGACUUUUGCAUGAGUGAUCUCCAUUAGUAAUUCAGACUGUCAACCUGGACCUGCCCGAGAAAACUCUGCAUCUCUGAUUUAACAAUGUGAAAUGUAUGUUGAGAUUGUUCAGUAGAAGUCAAUAUAAGUAAAUGUCAAGAUUAUUUAACAUGUCUUGCAAUGAAGUAUUUGCAGCAAUGAUAUACCAUUAGAAUUGCAGGGUGAUCAGCAGUGACUAAAGUUUGACAUUUAUGUUGUUCAGUCAUUUUAAUGAAUUGAGGGUUCGUUCAGCAAAUUCAAUAUUGGAUCAUCAACAGACAGCAUUAAGAUAUGGUGGGGAAUGUAUUUCAUGGAUUGGAUUGAACACCCAUAAUCACAUUUAGGCAUUUGUUGUGUGCAGGAUGUGUAUUAGUUGACCUACACCUACACCUACACAGACCAAAUCAGAGCCUGCUUAAUGUGGACAUUUGCUUCCAUUUGAGGUCAUAACCUGGGCAUUUGGAUUAGGGUCCUAGAUGAAGAUUUGACUUAAUCGGUUAUCUUGGUCCAUGCACUUCGUAAUGUUUUAAAAGUGUCUGGGAGAUAUAUUUAAGUUCCUCAACCUGUUACCAGAUUGGGGAUGGUUUAUGGGGAAGUAGUGCCGAGCAGCAUUUACUGUGAUUUCCUCCAGGUGAGUCUCCUAAUUAAGAAAGUUGAUCUGGCUCAAGAAAGGCAGCCAUCAUGAAGACCCAUUUAAGUGACACCCAUAAGUCACUGUUUUCAGGGAUCAGGUACCAACUCCCUAAUUAGUGCAUCAAGUUUGUUAACAACGGAUGAGAUAUAAGAUUAGGUUUCCUGUUUAAAUUUUUUUCCGCAUAAGAUGAGCUCCAGAUCCAACACUGUAUGGGGUGUAGAGACCAUGGUUCUUUCCACGUAUGGAUGAAAUGUCAAGAUUAUGAGUUGGCCUCAACAAUGACUAGCUGCCUUGAGGACAGAGGACAGAGGACAUGUACAGCCUUCCGUGUGGUUCAUUUCUCCUUUGCCUAUGCAGAUAGUUGCUCUAUCACCCCAAAGGCCAAGUUGAGCUUACCAUCAAAGUCGAUACAUCUCACUUGCUACAAAUCUGUGUGGGUGGCUACAGUGAUUUGUGUUAGUUACCUGCAUUGUUAUGAGGGAGCUCCUUUUUAUUAAGGAGUGUCAUUGGCAGCAGGAGGGCUGACAUCUGAUAGAGGUAUAAUGUUAGGAAUGAGUUCUGCUCAGAUUUUGAAAAGCCAGUGACCAAACUGAAACUACCUUAACCCUAAUAAUCUAGGAAUUGUUUCCCCAUGAGGAGAGAUUCAGUGAGAAUGUUUUUUACUCACUGGAAUUCAUUAGGGAUAAAAUAUUUAGUACUAGAUGGAACUAAUUUCUUAACACAGAGAAUUGUAGACCUUUAAGCUCCUUACCUCAGAAAUCUAUGGAUGCUCAGAUAUUGAGGAUAUUAAGCUUGCAAAUGAUAAAUUUUGGACACCAGCGAGAUCAGAGAAUAUAGGGAGCAGGCGGUAAAAUAGACAUUGUGGCAGGUCAUUGAUUAGAUUCUGUGGUCCUCUGACUUAUCUAGUGGAAUAUAUUUUCAGUGGUGCUCUCAAAGCAUUGAGAAAAAGAAUCUCAACACAAGAAGUUUUUUUUUACACCAAAUGUUUCCCUAUGCACAGAUGCUGCUUGGCCUGCUGAACAUUACUGGCAUUUCAAUUUUUAUUUCAGGUUUCCAGCACCUGCAGUUUUUGGUCAUAAUACAAUGGAUUAACAAACACAGCUCUAGUUUUCAAAAAAAUAUUGCAAAAACCUGGCUUGAAUGUAGUUAUCACAGUGGUUACAGCAUAUUUGAAACCAAUGUUCCUUUGAAUCAUCCAGGAAAGGAUCUUUUCAUCAGUGUGCUCACUACAUAUACUGGAUACAUCUUAAAAUAAUUGCAAUCCAGUUUCAAUUCCAACCACUGUAUGUUCAUCCUGUGACCUCUGGGUGCUCCAGUUUCCUCCCACAUUCCAAAGAUGUAUGAGUUAGUAGGUUAAUUAGUCACACAGGUGUAAUUGGGUGACAUGGGCUCGUUGUUACUGUGUUGUAACUCUAAAUAAAACAUAAAAUAACUUUUGGAGUGCCAUGUAUGCAGGGAUCUUUGUUUUUAUUCAGUAACAUGCUGUGAACAUCACUGACAAGGUCAGCACUAUUGCCCAUCUUUAAUUACCAUUGAGGUGGCAGGGUAAGCCACUUCCUUGAAACGUUGCGUCCACAGUGUCAUUGGAAAGGGAGUUCCUGCAUUUAUACCCAGCAACAAUGAUAAGGACCAGCAAUAUAUUUCCAGGUUAGGAUGGUGUGUGACUUGGAGGGAAACCCACAGUUGGUGGUGGUGGUCCCCUGUGCCUAGUGCCCUUGUUUUUCUUGGUCGUUGAUAACAGGCUUGGGAAGUGCUGUUAAAAAAAAACAGGUGAGAGAAUCCAACAAUGCUUGUGGAGCAUACACACGGCAGCCAUAGUGUGCUGCUGGUGGAGUGAGUAAACUGGUAGCUGGUUGAUGGCAUUCCUGUCAGGUGGGCUUCCCUGUCUUGGAUGGUGUCGGAGCCACACACAUCCAAGCAGUGGAAAGUAUCCCAUCACACUUCUUGCUUAUGCUUUGGAGAUGGUGGAAAGGCUUUAGGAUCUCAAUAGGUGUGUCAUUCACCAUAAAGUAACUAGCCUUCAACCUGCUUUUGAAGCCGCAGCACUUAUGCUCCAACAGGCAGGGUCAGACUACUUAAUUAUCAUAGGAAAUACAAACAGAAAAUACCUCAGUAGGGUAGGUUGUACCUAUGGAAGGAGAAGCAGUUUAAUAGCUCAGUUUGAAGAUUCUUUGUCAGAACUCUUUCUCUUUCCACAGAUGCUACCUGAUCUGCUGAGUGGUUCCAGCAUUUUUGUUUAUUUCACAUUCCGGCAUUUACUGUUUCAUUCCUGAUUUUCAUUAUCCAAAGAGUUGUGAUUAGAAUUGAACAUUGUAUAAUCCUCAGGGCUUGAGGGCCUCUUGGGGUAAUGUUCUGGAUCUAAUACAAUUUGCCUCCAAUAAUCACAAUCAUCCCACGUCUAAAUUGUUUGCCUAGUGAUGAAAAACAGCGGUUGUAGCAUUAAUUCUGUGGUCAUUGCUUUUCACAUUCUGCCAUUCUGAGGAGUCUCCUUUAAUCCAUAGUCUCCAUUUCCCCAAACAGGAUUUGUUCCAUUUUAUUUUGAACAUUCACAUAAUAUUACUUCCCUCUUCUGUUAUAGUGCAUCCUCUGUCUUUUUCCCAGCUUCUUUUAGUAUACAGUUGCAAUCUAGGAAUUUUAUUCUUUUGCUUGUCUAGUUUGAGGUAUCAUCCUCCCUUCAAUCUAAAAUGUUUUAAUAUUUUCAAACAUCCUGUCCAUGUUGCUACUGCACAGGUGAAAACUGAGACUCAGUAACUUCCCAAUUUUUUGCCACUUCAUUGACAUUAUUGUGGGUUCAUCACACGCAUCCCUUAGAGACCCUGUUCCUAUCUUAAUAGUUUGAGAUUUAUGCAGCUGUAGCAUACCUGUUUAUUUUUGCAUUAACCAACUUUUACAAACUCUUCCUAUCGUAUCAUAUUUUGACUUACUUCUGCCAUCAAAAUGCAUUGCAAACCGAGGAUGGUGGAAACAGAAACAAUUAGAAUAUGCUUGAUGUCCUGGGAUGAAACAGUUAAAUGCAAUGACCAACUGGCCAAGUCCCUCCCCCCGAUCCAGAGCCCCUUAUAAAUACUUCAUUCUGAGCAAUUAAAUUUGGGGAAACAUUUGAGGAGCUGGGAGAUAAUUUCAUCUUUUUUAAUUUUUUUUCUGUUAUUUUGUAAUAGUCUGCUCUUUGGAAGAUCGGGAUCAUGUGGGAGCUGAAAUCCAUCGCCUUUUGGAGGGCAGUGUUUGCAGAAUUCUUUGCCACCAUGCUCUUCGUGUUUUUUGGACUGGGCUUUACGAUGCGAUGGUCUCCGGGCCCCGUGAACGUGCUGCUGGUUUCUCUGGGUUUUGGCUUUGUCCUGGCUGCCCUGGUACAGGCUGUGGGACAUGUCAGCGGGGCGCACCUCAACCCGGCUGUUACCUUCGCUUACCUGCUGGGGGCGCAAUUGAGCAUAUUCCGCUGUGUGAUGUACAUAGCAGCUCAGCUCCUCGGGGCAGUGGCAGGGGCAGCUGUGUUGUUCGGGGUCACCCCUCCUGCUGUACGGGGCAACCUAGGGCUCAACACGCUGCAUGCUGGAGUGGGUAUUGGCCAGGGCACAGUCGUGGAGAUAUUCCUUACUCUUCAGUUUGUCCUCUGUAUUUUUGCCACAACAGACAUUCGCAGAAAUGGAUUCAUGGGUUCAGCAGCCAUGAUUAUUGGCUUUUCACUCACUGUAGGUCACUUCUUUGGGCUUUAUUACACUGGAUGUGGAAUGAAUCCAGCAAGGUCCUUUGCACCAGCAGUACUCACUAGAAAUUUUGGAAAUCACUGGGUAUACUGGGUAGGCCCUCUGAUAGGAGGUUCUAUUGCAGCUCUGCUGUAUGAUUUUAUCCUGUUCCCCAGAAUGAGAGGUCUCUCAGAGAGAUUGGCUAUUCUUAAAGGAGCUCAUCCCCUUGAAGCUGAUGGACAACAGGAACCUCGGAGUGAUCCCAUUGAACUCAAAACACAAGCCUUAUAA